AUGCGAAAAUCAUAGAAAACAGGUUCUUAGUAGCAUAUUAAAAAUAUAUUGACACCUUUGAUAGUUUAAUAAAAUUCAUAUAGUCCAGAAUAGUCUCUAUUAAAUAAACCAUCAAAUAGAAUAGGACGAAAGACAUCAUUGAUUGAAUUACAUAGAGUUGAAAGUGAAUCAAUAAAAUUACGACCUUAAAGAGUAUUGUAAGUAGUAAAAGAUGCUAAAAAACAAUUACUCUCUUAAUAAAACCCUAGAAAUGAGAAAAAAAUUAAACCUAGAGUAGAAACAUCAGAAUGUUAAUAUAGAGGAUUAGAUUUUACAUUUGCCUAAAAUUUCUCAAAUAAAUAGAUAAUUUUGAAAGAAUUCUCAACUAAUGGACUUAGAAAAAGAUUCUUUGUUUGA